CCAAUGCCGAAAAGUACCCUCACCAUGGACUUACAAAACUUUUUCCAAGGCUUCAAGAGUCCAUUCUCUUUAAAAAAGAAGAAGACGACUUAGGAAUCGCAACAAUAGGGAAAUUUUUGAAAAGAGUAAG